UAAUUUACAUUCUGGUGUUCUUAAAGCUGUAAAAUAUCACUUCUUUUGUUGCACUGACUUCAUCUUCAGUGAGCCAGAAACACGUUUUGUAAUCGCCGAGUUCUGGGGUGGGAGCGGCGUGAGGCAUCGACGACACCAGACCGUGAAGUAGAGGGACAAAAAAAGCGAAAUCUUUAAAUCCUGGUUUUCCAUUAAAGGGAUUUGUACUGAGGAAAUGCAAUUUCAAUAUAAAGGCAAUCGCUCGUUAAUUGAGUCAUAUUGACCAAUUCUUCGGGAGCCGUUAAUGGGGUGAAUUGUUCCAAGGUGUGGGAUUAGUAGGGACCGCAGAGAGGCGUUCUCUGGGUGUCCUCUAUACUGACUUUGCUCACACUAUUCAGUCGUCACUUGUGAUGGAACCUUUAUGUUGUCCAAUUUCAUGCUUGAAAUUAUACAUUUACAAUUAAAAAUCGAACCGGAAGCUCAAUUUCAUUGUAAAGCAUGCCGGGAGGAACGCGGAAGAUGAGGCGUGACAAGGAGAUGGCGGCGGUGACGUACAACAUGAAAGAGGACCGCUGUCUGGAGAAAAGCAUGCAGACGUUAAACCUGGAGCGUUCGUACUCCUUGAAGCUUCUACAGCUCGACCACAGAAUCGUCAAAGUCAACUACAAACGUCUCAAGGACAAAGUUUCUAGAAUCCGCUCCUACUUAUCUGUGGAGGAGAUAAAUGAAAUGAAGCAACUGGAGGCGGAAGGCAAGAUCAAACCUCUGAAUACGGUGAAUCUCGGUAGUGCAAUAAAAAUCGCCGGUGCCGCGAAAAGACUCAAAAUUCAGGGACCCACCAGGGCCAAUACUUCCCUCACUCUGUCCUCUCACAAAGGCAGCGACGAGACCAUCAACAGACCAUUUACUGCUAUCACAAACCUCAGACGCAGUAACUCUGUGACCGGGGCCUUCAUUGAUGCGCCCGAACCAAAUACCGCCAAGAGGAGGAAUUCUACUGACUUUGGGACGACCACCAUUCGACCUCUAAGUGCUUUUGUGGAAAGUUCAACUAAUAAUAAACUUCCGAAAGCGACCCGUCCGGCCACUUCACAGUUAGUGUUAGGGCAGCACCCGCAUACUCCGCGAAUAAAUCCAAAUGCCACUCACUCCCCUUACUCAUCUCACACUGCCGUUGAAAAAGAGUUCCCUCAGACAUCUCGCACACAGGAGCGGACUUCCGGUCUAACAGACGACAUAGAUAGCAAUCUAGGAGAAGACCUAAUGGAGGAGCGACGGCAGGAAAUGAUUAUGGAGGAACAAGAAAGAUUCAAUGAACUAGAGGAGAGGAAAAAAGACUUCAUGAAGAAGCUGGAUGAUUACUUUAAGGAAAACCCCGUUCCUGAUUGGACAAAUCCUCCUCCAAUCGUCAAACUUCCUCCCCCCACCGAAGAGGAAGCGGAUGACGCCGCGAGUACGACCGGAAGUGUAAACAAAGGAAUGAAAUACAGACUUUUACCUAACAGACUCACCCUGGAAAAGACAUUCAAGAGUGAGGAGGAAUACAAGGCCAAGAUCUGGGAGCUGUGGAAGGACUUGAACAAGUGUCGAUACCUGAGGAUCCCUGACGAGAUGCUGGAUCUAUCCGGCGUCAACACACUGGCUAAAGACCAGAUGAAACUAUUCCAAAUGUUCAGGCGCCAGGACACGAGAACCAAACUCAUAAACACGUGAUUUACUGACACGUGACUUUAUUCUAUCCGAGGAGGUGUGUGUAACUUAUGAAUAUAUAGAGGGAGGUGUGUGUAACUUAUGUAUAUAUAGAGGGAGGUGUGUGUAACUUAUAUAUACAGAGGAAGGUGUCGGGAUGUGGGACUUAAUGCGAUAUCGGGGGCAAUACUAAUGAUUUACCAAUUAAUGGAAUAUAUUUAUUGCAAUAAA